CCUGUACCUUGUGCCUGUCUCCCUUUCCCCGUGCCAAGCUCUCUCAAUCCCUGGUCUGUGUUGACAUCAGUCAGAACUCGUCAACAUCAACUCGUCAACUCGUCGCUUCCUCAAUAGCAUCGUCGAGCACACUCUUCUUUUGAAGUCUUGCUCAUUCCUCGGUCCAGUUUCUCUUAUCCAAGUUUGGCUUUUCUUUGUAACGAAGAUUCGAUCACAUCCAGCCCAUCUUUUAAGCCACCACACCGAAUGACGUUUGAAGCAUUUCCUGUUUGCCGUCUAAAAAUGUCGUAACGCGUCGCGGCACGGGAUUUAUCUCCGAGCAACCAAGUACCACCACUAUCUCCUUUUUGACAGUACCGGAUUCAUCGUAUCUCAACCACUUCAUCAACGACAAACUGUGUGAAGCACAUCCAUCACCAUGGCUUCUGAAAAGGCUCCCGAAAAGCCGCCUCCCGUCACAGUCCCUGAGUCUAUACAAACUGGACGCACAAUCAGUCCCUCCCCAGGACUAAGGCAGCGAGCAUUUGGACGGACGUCGACGUUCGCCGAGGAAAAUGCACGGCAGGGUCGUCGUUCAAGCUCUUUUCUGUCAGAGUCGCUCUCUGAUACGCGAAAGUCGUUGAGAUCAUCGACUACGGUCGACGACAUAUUGUUGCCCCGUCCAAGAGGAGCAGACGACCUCGACGACAUCCAUGAUGAAAGUUCUCACUGGCAAUCGCUACCUUUGGGUCUCGCUCUGCUUCCGGCUGUUGGGGGCCUGUUCUUCAAGAAUGGCAGUGCCAUCGUCACUGAUGUCACACUGCUGGGUCUGGCUGCAAUCUUCAUGAAUUGGGCACUCAGGUCGCCGUGGGAUUGGUAUCGAGCGGCCCAGAGCCAGAUACCAGCAGAACCAAACAGUCCUACUGCUAGCGUGUUUUCGCCAGUGGAUGAGACAGAAGAAGAUGCUGAUUCGGAAUCGAAGGCCGACAAAGGUGAUGGUACCACAGAUCGCUCAGAUGCCCUCCGAUCGGAAAGACAGUCCGCCCAAAAAGAACUUCGGUUCUAUGAGCUUACAGCGCUACUUUGCUGUUUCACUUUUCCCUUGCUAGGCGCUUGGCUUCUGCAUGCCAUCAGGUCACAAUUGAGUCGCCCUUCCGAGGGACUGGUUUCCGACUACAACUUGACCAUAUUCAUGCUAGUUGCCGAAAUUCGACCUCUCUCACAUCUAAUUAAGAUGGUCCAGAGGAGGACUCUUUUUGUUCAACGAAAGAUCAACGUGGAAUUGCUGCCCGAAGCUAAACCAGGUGACCCUCAACAACUUAGAGAUGUCUCCAGCAGGCUGGAGGAGUUAGAAGCGCAUGUCGCGAAUCGAAUCGCUGGCAAUGCUGCGAACGAAACACCGGCAAACAGCGAAGCGCUCGCUCAAAAGGCUUCCGCUUCGGCUACUGCUGAUGUCAAGAAAGCCAUACAGCCCGAGCUUGACGCCUUGAACAGAGCGAUGCGCCGAUACGAGAAGAGAACAACUAUAUCAGCGGUGCAAUUCGAAGCUAGAUUACAGGAUCUCGAAGCCCGUCUACACGAUGUGGUAUCAUUGGCGGCGGCCGCGCAGCGAAAUGCCGAUCGCAAAUCAGAUAAAUAUGCUGUGACGCUGGCGAACUGGAUAUCUGCGGUCGUGGUUGUUCCCACGCAAUCCUUCUUGUAUCUCUUGAGCAUGCCGGGAAGAUUGGUGACGCGGGUCAUGGCGAUACCGAAGAGGUAUAUGGUCGGUAAUGCCAAGGGUCCAACGCUGAAAGAGGGUCGGCAGCCACGGCGGAAUGUGCAGCCACGUCCGAAUGAACGCGAGAGGCGACCGAAGGGCUAGCUGAGCGACAGAUCUCCAGGGU